AUGAUCCAGAACGAUGGUGUGCCGCAUUGCACAACCAAUGGCAACUCCCUAGGAGACCUGCAGAAAGAAGUAGAUUACUCAUGGGCGGCUCCUCUUCUUGAGCGGACCAUUGACGCUGAUCGCAAAGUCCGGGUCAUCUGCGUUGGCGCGGGUUUCAGUGGCAUCGGGGCAUCAAUUCACCUGCGAGAGCAUAUACGAGACAUUGACUUCCAGAUUUACGAAGCUGCGGACGAUGUCGGUGGAGUGUGGCAUCACAAUCGAUACGCAGGCGCCGCCUGCGACAUCCCAGCUCACAGCUAUCAGUACUCCUUCUGCCAGAACACCCAGUGGUCGGAAUUCUAUGCGCCUGGCCUAGAGAUCCACAGAUACUUGAAGAGAGUUGUCGAUCACUACAAGUUGCAAAGCCUCAUCAAGCUGCGUCACAGAGUAGUUGGAGCCGAGUGGUCUCAGGAUCGCGGAAAGUGGCUUGUCAGAGUGUUAGAUCUAGACAAGAAUGAGGAGAAAGUAGAUGAGGCAGAAUACUUUUUGUACGCCACUGGUCUCUUGUCAAAGCCCAAAUGGCCGACGAUUACGGGCCGAGAAAAUUUCAGGGGCAUUUUGCAUCAUUCUGCAAAUUGGGAUGCUGCCAAGGAGGAAGCUCAAGAAGGAUUCUCCUGGAAAGACAAAAGAGUUGCUGUCAUUGGCGUAGGGUCUAGUGCAAUUCAGAUCAUGCCACAAAUGCAGAGGAAAGCGAAACAUGUUACAAACUUUGUAAGGAGUCGCACAUGGAUCUCGUCUACAUUUGCCUCGGCCUUUCUUGAACGCCUCAAUGAAGGUGCAGGCGCUAGUAAUCAUGUAUUCUCUCCUGAAGAAAGGAAAAGUUUUACGAAUGAAGAGUUCUACUCUCAGUUCCGUCGAGAGUUAGAGAGAGGCCUCAACGCCGUGCACAAGAUCACCGAACAGGGCCAACCAUUGCAGCUGGAAGCGCGAAGAAUCAUAGAGGAAAAGAUGCUGGAGAAGCUUGCAUCCAAACCUGAGAUUGCUGAUAAGCUUAUACCUGACUUCCCAGUUGCCUGCAAACGCCUCACGCCGGGGCCGGGUUAUCUCGAGAGUCUAACAGCAGACAAUGUUGAGUUCUGUUCUCAAGAGCUAGCAUCGUUCACCGAGAAAGGUCUCAUGACAGCAGAUGGCCGCGAAUUUGAAUUCGACGCAAUCAUUUGCGCUACUGGCUUCGAUGUCUCUGCCGUACCCAGCUUCCCGAUCUAUGGCUCUAACAACAUCAAUUUGCAAGACAUGUGGGCCACAGAUGUCAAACAGUACUUGGCUGUCUGCGUUCCUCAGAUGCCUAACUUCUUCCCAAUCCUAAGUGUCCAGUCUGGUGUUGGUUCAGGGUCCCUGCUCAUCCUGAUGGAGCAACAAAUUGCCUACGUCACCAAGUGCAUUCAAAAGUGCAUCCGGGAAGGUUACAAGAGCAUCGUAGUGAAGGAUGACGCUGUCGAAUCAUUCCUUCAGUACGCAGACAAUUACUUUGACAGGACUGUGUAUUCAGGCAAUUGCAAAUCAUGGUACAAGAACGGAGCUUCUGGAAAGGCCAAGAUCCGAACACUGUGGCCUGGGUCUUGUCUACACGGGUACACCGCGCUGCGUCACCCUCGAUGGGAAGAUUUCGAAUACGAAAGGGGCGAAGACUAUGAUCAUCGAAUGGCAUGGCUUGGCAACGGAGAUGUCCGACCGGAUCUUGAUCGUGUGUUCUAUUUGGACGAAAUUUGGGCGAUGCACAAGGAUCAUCCAAUGUUCAAUGAUUGA